CUCUCCUGUCCCGACUAGUGCCAUAACACAGACUUAGUGACCUUGCCAAUGAAUACAACAACAGGCAACUUUGUGAUUCCUCUUGCGAAAGUCUUCAGCUCAACAAGUGACGAGCUUAUAGUUGCUGUGACUGUUACCAAUACCUGUGGAGAGAUAUGGAAUGGUACAUAGAAAUAGGUUCAACAAGUGAGAGUACCACCAUGAUGGAUGAACCACCUCGGGAUUCAGGACAUGGUCCAUCUGUUAAUCCUCUUAUCAGUCGAGUAUGUGUAAUUAUUGCACUAUCCAUCACUAACCUUUUGUAAUAUGUAACAUAAUACAAACUUCACACAUUGCUGUAUUUAUCAACUGCCACUGUAAUGUGUUCUAAAUGCUGUGCAAUGAUUGUUGUAAUGUUGAUGUUGGUGAUUGAAUACAUUAUGUCUACAAUGAACACUAAAGAGUAACUAAGCACGUGGGUCUGGAGGGAGAGAG